AUGUUCUACAACGUCAAAGCUCGUCAAGCUCUUUUCUGCCUCUUCUUGGCUGUUGGCCCUGCUGCCGUCUUCGCUGCACCUUUCCCUGCUCAGAACGGCAUGGAAACAAGAGACUACGGUAGCGACACCACCACAACCACCAGCACCACAACCAACACCGAAGCAGGCGCCAACAUCGGCGCCAGCAUCCCCGACGGCCCAGCCUACAACACCGGCUCCUACUUCUCCAACAACAACGCAGAAAGCGCCUCCGCCGAGUCCAGCACCAACACCGACGGAUCCCAAAACUCAGCAUCCGAGUCCGUCUCCGAGUCUGGCCAAACCACCGCAGGAAACAACUUCAACGCCGGUAUCCCCGAUGGCCCCUCCGUCGACUUGGGCAACUACUACUCCAACAGCUACGACGUUGAGCAGUCCGCUUCGUAUACCUCUCAGCCUGAGCAAGAGGAGCAGGCUCCUCCUGUCCCUCCUGCUGAUACUCCUGCUCCUGAGCCGCCCAAGGAUACCCCCGAGCCUACUCCUGAGCCUCAGCCUCCCGUGGAAGAAUCUCAGCCUCCUGCUCCCCCGGCUGAGGAGCACCACGAGCCGCCCGCUGAUUCUUGCAGGGUCGAGAAGCGCGUGGUGUAUGUGCGAGUGUAA